AAUAAAAAAGUUUGCUUGCGGAUUGGCAUCGAAUAAUUCAAUUCAAGUCUCAAAAGUAUGAGACUCAUAGCACACGCUAUAAUUGUGUCAUCGGCAGAUGGAACGAGGAGAGAGAAGGAAAAAAUGUGACUAGUUAACAAUGAGAGGCCCAUAGGAUUGGAUAUAGGAUUGUCCAAACUCUUAUUCUUUAAGCCCAGAUGAUACAAACAAAGUAAGCCGCUCUCGUCUCUCGCUCUCUCGGUGCUCCUACUCCUUCAGACUCUUAUUAAGAUUCCUCAAUUUUCCCACCAUUCUCUCCCUUCCUUCGAGAGAUUUCUCAUAUGGGCAUCCGUAAAACUCCCUUCUUCAAUUCAAUUGGGUUUGCGUUAAAAUAGUCAACACUGUAAUAGACUCUGCUGCACUAGUUAUUGCCUUCGCAUAUAUUGAUAACAGGAUAGAUUUGUAUGGCUGCUAAAGUCGGUUCUUCUUUAUUUUCCUGCGUGGCCACUUCACUUUGUUCUUCUUUUAAACCUAAGAGAAGCUCCCAGUCCCAGCAAUAGAAGUGAACUGUUUGUUGCAAAUUGGCCACGAUUUGUUAAUUGCAGCCUAUCGAAUGAUUGUUGCCAAAAUGAGAUGCCUUGGUUUUACAAGCUCAGCUUGGUGGAAAGACCAAAUGUUCAAUUGCAUUAUAAUGCUCAGAAGCUUAGAAAUGCUAAAGUCAACUCGUGCCUCUUCAUAGGCGGGCUGGUAAAAUUAAGCAGAAAACCCACAGGACAAAGUGUGCUUUGUGCAACUUCUCAAGAUGAGACACAGUACAGUGAGGUCAAAUCAGAUGAAUUGGAGCCAGAAGAUCAUAAUUCUACUGCUGAAACUCUCUCGUCUACAAUCAGGUCAUUUAAUCAAUCUCAGGGAACUGAUGGAAAGCCAGGUUUAGUUUCAUUUUAUAAUCGCCCUUAUAAGACAGAAGAUGUAGUUAUUAAAACUAAUGUGCAAAAGGACAAGAGCAGCCUAUUAUGGUUUGUGGGUCCCACUGUUCUUGUAGCCUCUUUUGUUUACCCCUCACUUUAUUUGCGGAGAAUACUUUCUACAGUAUUUGAGGACUCUUUACUGACAGAUUUCCUAAUAUUGUUCUUCACAGAAGCUCUUUUCUACUCUGGUGUUGCGGUUUUUGUUUUGCUCAUAGACCAUUUAAGGAGGCCCAUGGAACCGGAAUCUGCUGAAAAUGGUGGCACAACCUUGGCUUCUCAUGUGGGACAGCAAAUUUCUUCUGUUGCUGCCUUGUUACUCAGUCUUAUAAUUCCUAUGGUAACAAUGGGCUUGGUAUGGCCAUGGACUGGCCCUGCAGCUUCUGCAACACUUGCUCCAUACCUUGUUGGUAUUGUUGUUCAGUUUGCAUUUGAGCAAUAUGCAAGAUAUCGAAAGUCACCUUCAUGGCCUGUCAUCCCAAUAAUCUUUCAAGUUUAUAGAUUGCACCAACUGAAUAGAGCUGCACAACUGGUGACAGCCCUAUCAUUCACAGUGAGAGGAGCUGAAAUGACCUCGCACAAUUUGGAGAUAAGCAGUUCUUUGGGUACACUUUUGAAUGUCCUCCAAUUCCUUGGUGUCAUCUGCAUUUGGUCACUCUCAAGCUUCCUCAUGAAGUUUUACCCAUCCACUGCCAGGACUGCAGAGUGAUAUUUGAUGUUAGUUUAAGGAUUGGCAAAAAUUGACACCCAUCAUUGUAGAGAAGACUGUGGUUGCUAUUGAUUCAGGUAAUCUUUACAUGUUGGGAUUUUAACUCCUAUGCAAUAUGGUUCUGCUUAGCGAGAAUUUGAAACCAAGUGGAUAUUAAAGCGUCUACCACUCAACCUUAUCCAAAGAUUAGUAAAAGGUUGUGGCAGGAUUACUUGAGUGAAGAUGCUAAGUACAGAAGCAUCAUUGUUAAAGUUGCAAUUCUGUGAUCUCUGCUAAUUUGUGUUAAAUGUUUCUGAUCUUGUGAUCACAAUGCUAAACAACAUUGGGUUUCUGUCAGCAGUAGUGGUUGCCUGUACAUCAAUAUUUUCUUUUUAUAGAUUGUUCAUAUUUUUGAAAUUGUUUCAGAAGUCAUAGACUUGGGUUGCUGAGAGUUAUCAUUUGUUUUCCUUAUUUAUUAACUGAACAAAUUACUGAACUUUUGCACCAUA